CACAUCCUGGACUAUCCACGACCCACCAAUGCCCAACAUCAAACUCAUCGGCGGCACGGCCACUGGCCCUGCCAAACCGCUGCCUUCUUACCUCCAAAAGUUCAUGGACGAGGCCACCGAGGGGGUGGUGCUGGUGACCUUUGGCAGCUACGUGCUGGACAUCCCACAGGAGGUCAGCGACAAGCUGUGGGAGGUCUUCCGGCGCCUGCCCUACCGGGUGGUCUUUCGCUCCAGCCUGCCCUCGCCCAACUCGGCGCGGAUCCUGACAUCUCCGUGGGUGCCGCAGAACGACAUCCUGGGCCACCCAAACACCAUGGCCUUUGUCAGCCAUUGCGGCAAAAACGGCCAAUACGAAGCGCUGUACCAUGCUGUGCCCGUCGUGGCCACGCCCAUGUUCGGAGACCAGCGCUACAACGCGGAGCGCAUGCGCGUCAAAGGCUUUGCGGAGCUCGUGGACGUCCGCACGGCGUCUGUGGAUGAAAUCGUGGACACCAUCCUGCUGGUGGCCGGAAGUACCAAGUACAAGAGCGCCAUCUCCGCUGCUUCUCGCCUCUUCCGCCAGGAGUACAACCUGCCCAUGAACGAGGCGGCCUUCUGGCUGGAUCACGUGAUGGAAUAUGGCGGCGCCUACAUGCGCUCCUCCGGACACGACAUGCCGCUGUAUCAGUUCAUGCUUAUCGAUGUCAUCGCUUUUCUCGUCACCUGCUGUUUGCUGGCCUUGGCCCUAGUCAGCGCCUUGCUGGUGAUCGUGUGCAGGUAUUUAUGUAAAAAGGAGAGGCGGAGGUACAUUCUCACGUUGGUGGUGGAGGAGGAGUCCUUGUCAAAACACUCCAAGAAAAUCCAUCGCUUGACCAAAAAGUUUAUCCGUGCCAGCAAAAAAUCUUUUCUCGGCCUGUGUAAACUAUUUGUUGUCAUCGGAUAUACAGAGAGAGACCAAGAGAGAACGUUCGCACAACAAGAGCGCCAAGUCUAGCAAAUACUAUAUUUAGCUCAGAUGUUAUAUAUUUAUAUACAAGUGCACUAUUUAUAUGUUGCUAUUUAUUAUUUUUGUGCACGUCCAGUAUCAAAACAAGCAAUAUUUGUUACACUGGUCAUUUCACUUCCGUGAUAUAGUCGAGAGAGUUUUUUUUAACCACAAAAUUUUUUUCUGGUGAGUGGCCAUUUCUGACAUCUUGCACAACAUCACUGAGCGCUAGUCACUGUGGCCUCCAGGUGCACUGCUCUCCAACCGGGUGGAGCGAGUAGUACUCAGCCCUUCACCAAACUUACUUGCAAUCUCGACAAAUGUCUUCCGUGGAUCAAGUGCUGUAUGACUGGUCACACUAACCCUCGUUUGCCUAAUUCAAAGAUCACGUGCAGCAAUCACAUGACAAGAGGUCAACUGAAGUAGUGGCUAUUCAGUGCCUUAUAAAUCUGUUGCCUUUUUUAAAUAUUGCAUGGUAUGUUUGUAUUGAGAGAGGGAGGAGACGGCAGCUAUGUGUAUUCCAAGCAGAAUCCUACCCCCUCCUCCUCUCCCGCAUGUUUAUCUUCUCACCUUUACCACAGACCACUUCAGUCGAAUAAUCCAAUGCCAUCUUUUAUUCCGCUGAUGAACUUCAGAUGUAAUAGCACAGAGAUACGCCUUCAGGAUUCAGGACUCAAGCAAAAUUGCUCUCGAUAGUGACCCCUGACCCUACAACGUCGCUCAGCAAUAGUUCGACUUCAUACAACAAUGAACUCUGAUGACCUGCACCCGUGACCUCUGAGGUGACAUACUAACCUCUGAUAUCACGAGCAGUGAAGUAUCCCGUUAGAUCGGCAAGGAAAAGAAGAAAAUGAAGACGAGACUAAUAAGGAAUAAGUGAGCUAAAAGAGACUUAUUUUUUAAAAACUCUUCUCUCGAUCCUGUUCACGGAUAAUCGAAUAUAGUUCUUGUAUGCAAACCAAAAAAAUUUAAGUAUAUUUGAAAGAUGUUUCUGAAAUAUAUACACAUACACACAUUUGAUUAGUCACGAUCACAGAAAGAAAAGCUUUUCUGACAGUUGUUAAAGCGAUCAACGGCACAACUUUGAAGGAGACUGUCCCAGACAUGCGCAGGAAGAAGACAACAAAACCAUUCAUCAAAGGAAAUUAAUGUCGGAGUUUGUUGUGGCGUCGUGCAACCUGUCUUCUAACAGAGGUCUGGCGAUUUAUUUUCACUGAUAGAUUACCUGUUGUGAAAGAAUGUUGUAUUUGUCGAAUAGGUUCUCACUGAGUGAGUGAACAAAGAACUUUGAAGUCGUGUAGCUCGUGUCCCGCUGUCGCCUCUCGCAAAAGGUUCGUUGAAGUCCGG